AUAUGAAGACAGAAGAUACUCCUUCUUCUUGUCGAGAACAUUCUCCGUUCCUUGGGCUUGAUUCCAAAUUAAAUGAAGUAUGUGCUGGUUGUGGUAACACCAUCUCGGAUCGGUUCCUGCUGAGAGUAAAUGAGCGAUCAUGGCACGAAUGCUGUGUGAAAUGUGUGGCCUGUUUGCAAACCCUCUCUGGGAGCUGCUACUACAGGAACCGUCAACUGUACUGCAAAGAGGACUACGAGAAACUUUUUGCUACUAAGUGUAACAGUUGCCUAAAAACAGUGAUGCCCUCUGAGCUCAUAAUGCGUGUCCUCAACCAUGUGUACCAUGUGUCGUGCUUCUACUGCUGUGAGUGUGAGAGGAGGCUGGAGCGAGGAGAUGAGUUUGUCCUUAAAGAGGGACAGCUAUUGUGUCGAAGUGACUAUGAGAGAGAGAAAGAAAUGCUCAGCACAUUUAGCUUGACACCAGCUGGAUCAGUUAAAAGUGAAGAUGAAGAUGGAAGUCUUGUGCAUGGCAAAGAAAGUGAAGAUGGAAGAGACCUCAAGAGAUCAAAGAGACCAAGGACCAUUUUAACUACACAACAACGCAGAGCCUUCAAAGCAUCAUUUGAAGUGUCAUCCAAGCCUUGCAGAAAGGUGAGGGAGACUUUGGCAGCAGAGACUGGUCUGACUGUGCGAGUGGUUCAAGUUUGGUUCCAGAACCAAAGAGCCAAGAUGAAGAAGAUAGCUAGAAGGCAACAACAGCAGGACCAUGAACAACUAGGAACACAACGACUGGGCUCUGGCCGUGGAAACCGGGGCAACAGCAGACAGAGCAAUGAUGACAGUGAAGAUGGUGGUAGUGGCAUAGAAGGGAUGAUGGUCCCAUACUCAAGAAUAUCGCAGCAGCUCUUACCACUGGAUCAAAGUUCCUUUAACACAGACUUCUUCAGACAGGGCCUUACACCGCCUCAAAUGCCUGGUGACCACUUGCAUCCAUAUGAUGCCGAGACUGUUUUUCAUGACAUGGACAAUGAAAAUCUCAAUUAUCUUGGAGGGUCUCUCUUAACAUCAUCGGAGUCCAACAAUUUACAGGCCCGAGUGGGACCUAUUGACCGCCUCUAUUCCAUGCAAAGCUCUUACUUUGCCUCCUGACCUUUGUAAAUAAAA